AUGAGAGGCAUCUCUUUUGCUCUGUGUUUGGCUGCUUGGGCUGACGCUGGUCCGAGGCCGCCCGGUUGGGCGAAGAAUUUAUUUCAACAGGGGGAAGUGCCGAGGUUGAAGACGAUUUCAAUCACUUCGUACAACAAUCCAAGGAGAUUAUCGCAAAUUUCAAGGAGCAAUUCUUCUCGUCGACCACCCGCACAGGCUCAGAAAAGCACCUGCAUCCAGCAGUAUGGCGUUGAAGGCGCGAUUUCAAACCCCCGCGAACCCUGCUCUUUCGCGGACGGCUGCUAUCCUGCAAACGCCGACCUCUGCUGGGAAGUCAAAGCUGAUUGCUCGAUGAUCGAAGCUCGUUUUACCAAAUUUACUGUCGAGGAAAAAGCAGAAGCGCUCAUCGGCUGCCCUUACGAUUUUGUCCAGCUCUCUUACGGGCGCGAGGAAGCGACUUUCUGCGAUCAUUCAGCUGCAAAGAUCUCAAAAUCAAUGGCUGCUUCGGGGAGAACGAAUGAUCCGAGGUUCACCGGCUGGUUCGAGUGGACCAAUGUUUUCUCGGAUGAGCUGAAAGUGAAGCUGAAAUCGGACUCGUCUGUGCAAUUCUACGGGUUUGAUCUUGAAUGGCGUUGUGUGCCAGAGCCGACUGCUCAAACAACGACUCAGGGAAUGAUUCCUUUUGCCAGGGCGCUAGAAUUGGCUCCAAGGAACUUUUGCAAAGAAAUAGAAGGCGGAAAAAGUGGAGAAUUGGCGAAUGAACGAGCGCAGUGUGCAGAAAAAGAAGGCCUUUGCUACUCCAAGGGCUUGUCAGAAUGCUGGAAAGUGCAGACUCAAUGCAAGAGCAUCAGACUUCGAUUUAAUCAAUUUGAAGUUGAGGAGCCUCAGACGGCUGUAAAAGGAAGAAACAAAUGCUCAAAGGAUCGAGUUUUGAUGAUUUUUGGCGGCAGAGAAGUUGAGUUUUGCGAUGAAAGUCUGAACAAUGAGAAAAUGAAGAGGAAAAAUCAAAGAUCGGAUCCGUUUGUCGCCGGCUGGUUUGGCUGGAAAGUGAUUGAAGAGAGCGAGUUUCAAGUGAAGCUCGAAUCGAAUGAGGAAAAUGAAUUCUAUGGAUUUGAUCUUGAGUGGGAAUGCGAAGAAGAAAUGGAAGAACAGGCAAGGGUGCAAGAAACAACAACAGAAUUGCCAACAACAACCGAGUUUUUCACAACAACCGAGUUUUUGCCGACAUCAACAACGGUUGUCUCAACUACUGAAUUCCUGACAACAACAACGACAGUCAUCUCAACCACGGAAUACGCAACUACAUCAACCACAGUUGUCGAAACAACCACACUUCCAGAAGAAACAACAACUUUUGUGACAACAACGACGAUGGGUCCUACAUCGACAAAUAUUCUUACUACGACCUGGCCUGCAUCAAUCACCACAACUUCCUCCUCGACUACCACUACGACAACAACUACGACGACGACAACUCCAACAUCCAAGACUUCCAAGAGCAUGACUCGGACUUGGACAGCUUCAGCUCCCAACCCAACCGCUUCUGAUUUCGAUCUCAGAAACGUCGAGGACUUGAUCGUCUUCCUGACUCAGAAAUCAACCUUCCUGGUCGAAAUGAUCACCAGCUACGAUUGCAAGUUCUCCAAGCUCUUUCAUAUCAAAGCAAAAGUCCCAAUGUACCAGAAGCGAUUUGCAAGGCUCUUCCGAACCGUCAUUUUUCGGGAGUCCUUUCCUGAAAAAUACGCUGCCGACGCUGCGAAACUUGUCAAUCGACCCUGCCAAUUCCUCAAAGGUGGAAUCAGAAUCCCUGUCAGCGAAGAUUUGAUGCAAAAAGUCACGAGUCAUUUUCAAUACAAUGAGAACGAUCGAGAAAACAACGAUUUCACCGCCUACGAGGAGUUGCGAGGGAUGAAAGUCAUUUACGACCAACUGCUGGCUGAGCAAUUUCCUGUCAAGGGAUUAGCAGUCAAAGUACUUCCCGGCUCGUGCUCAAAUGCGCAGGUGACUACCAUGUACAGCAAGAUGAAUACUUUCGCACGAUUGAUCGAUUCCAUUGGCAAGUUUGUCGGAGGAAAAGAAGCGUUGUACUGCUAG